CCCACCCCCGGGUGCCACGGCUCCGGCCAUAUCAGUGGAGAUACUCACGCCACCGCAGCAUCCUGGGCUGCCCGAUCGCGCGGAAGCGGCGCCUGGAGGAGGCGGAGCAGGAGCAGGAGGUGGAGCGGUCGGCCUCCAAGAGGAAGUCCCACCCCCUGAAACUGGCCCUGGACGACGGCUUCAGCGCCGAGAGCGACGCUAGCAGCGAGGCUAGCAGCGAGGCUAGCAGCGAGGCCGAGGCCGACGGAGACAAGGAUGGAGAAAAACCAGAGGAGGAGGAGAAGAAGGAGGAGGUGACGGAGUUCCUCGGUGAGGACGGACAGACAAACAGCAAAGAGGCGGAGCUACAACAGACGGAGGAGGAGGGGGAGGGGCCUCAGCAAGAAGAAGAAGAGUGCGUGAUCGUGGAGCCCGAGCCCGAGCUCACAGCGCCCCCUGCUGCCGAGGAGGAGGAGGUUCGGUCUCCGUCCCGGAGCGCCGAGGAGGUGGCCGACUCGCUGCUGCACCUGGGCCGGGUCUCAGCCGUUGCCAUGGAGACGGAAGGUGCAGAAGUGAACCCGGAGCAGGAGGCGGAGCUUCAGGAGGGCGAGGGGGGCGUACAGGAAGUCCAGAUCCCGGAGGAGUCGUCUGAAGAAGUGGGCGACCAGACGAGCCCGGAGAAUCGGACCCGGGAUCCAGUCAAACACGAAGAGGACGAAGACGAGGAGGAAGACGAGGACGAAGGGGAACCGGCCGUCGUCCGGACCAUCACCAGCACAGCAUCAGAUGACGACACUCAGGGAUUAUCCACCAAGACCACAGACCCCCGGCCCGGUUCUCUGGAGGACUUCAGCACCAACGGGACCAAUCACAGACCCGGUCCUUCGGAGGACUCCAGUCCCAACAGAACCGGUCCUGAGGACGACCGUCCCCCCAACGGACCGGUGGAGGAGUUCUUCCCCGUCCCCCGGGGGGAGGACUUCCUGCUCCACCAGGCCCCGUCCCCGGCCUCCCCGGACGUCAUCGAGGUGCGGUCGGACCAGUCGGAGGACGGGGAGAGGGACCUGGACGACCUGGACGAGGACGAGGACGAGGACGAGGAGGACAGGCUGUCCCAGCGCUCGCACGAGUCGGAGAUGUUCGACAUGACGCGGGGGAACCUGGGCCUGCUGGAGCAGGCCAUCGCCCUGAAGGCGGAGCAGGUGAAGCCCCUGGGCGGCCCCCGGGACCUGGACCUGGACCUCCUCCGGGCCCCGGACCUCCAGCACCAGCGCUACUUCACCCUGGAGGACCGGCCCAAGCACCUGGAGGUGCUGCGCAAGAGCUACUUCAGCAAAGAGAGCAGCCGGCCGGAGAAGAGGGAGAUCAAGUGUCCCACCCCGGGGUGUGAUGGGACGGGCCACGUGACCGGGCUGUACCCGCACCACCGCAGCCUGUCCGGCUGCCCCCACAAGGACCGGAUCCCCCCCGAGAUCCUGGCCAUGCACGAGAACGUCCUGAAGUGUCCGACCCCCGGCUGCACCGGCCAGGGACACGUGAACAGCAACCGCAACACGCACCGCAGUCUCUCGGGGUGUCCCAUCGCGGCGGCGGAGAAGCUAACCAAGGGCCAGGACAAGCAGCUGGUCCCCCAGCCCGGCGCCGAGCACCUGAAGGGCAGUCCCAACGACCGGGUCCUCAGGCCCAUGUGCUUCGUGAAGCAGCUGGAGGUCCCUCCGUUCGGCUACCGGCCCAACAUGGCGCCCUCCACGCCGCGGGCUAACCUAGCCAAGGAGCUGGAGAAAUACUCCAAGGUUUCCUUCGACUACGCCAGCUUCGACGCCCAGGUGUUCGGCAAGAGGACGCUCGCGCCAAAGAUGACCGGCAGCCAAACUUCACCCAAAGCCUUCAAAGCAAAGCCCUUGUUCCCCAAGGCGUCGUCGCCGAGCCUCUGUCUCCACGGUUACGGGAAGAGCUCCUCGCUGGCCUACGACUACUCCCACGACGCCGAGGCGGCGCACAUGGCCGCCACCGCCAUCCUCAACCUGUCCACUCGCUGCUGGGAGAAACCCGAGAACCUCAGCACCAAGACCGUCACCAAGGAGACGGAGAUCGAGGUGGACGAGAACGGCACGCUGGACCUGAGCAUGAAGAAGCCCAUCAAGCGUGAGGGCAGUCCGGGGCUGCGGUCCCCGGACCCGUCCUCCUCCUGCUCCUCGUCCUCCUCGUCCUCGCUGCAGCACAGCGCCGUGGCGUCGCCCUCCCUCACCUACAAGCAGGAGGCCUGGGACGCCCCGCUGGACUUCACCACGCCGCGGCAGCGCGACGACGACGCCGACGAGGGGGACCAGACUCAGUCGUACGUCUCCUCGGACCCGGAGGACGGGGACCUGCUGGAGGACAGGAAGUACCCGGGGGAGGACAGGAAGUACCCGGGGGAAGUCACCACCCCGACCUUCAAAGUAAAGUUCCAGCCCAAGGACGCCAAGAAGGAACUUCUCUCGUGUCCCACCCCUGGGUGUGACGGCAGCGGCCACAUCACCGGGAACUACGCCUCCCACCGCAGUCUGUCUGGGUGUCCUCUCGCCGAUAAGAGCCUGCGGUCCCUCAUGGCGGCCCACACCCCUGAACUCAAGUGUCCGACUCCGGGCUGCGACGGUUCCGGCCACAUCACCGGGAACUACGCGUCCCACCGAAGUCUCUCUGGGUGCCCGCGUGCCAAGAAAAGUGGAAUUAAAACUCCCACCAAGGACAACCAGGAGGACUCGGAGCUUUUAAAGUGUCCUGUUCCGGGCUGCGACAGCCUGGGCCACAUCAGUGGGAAGUACGCCACCCACCGCAGCGCCUACGGGUGCCCCCUGGCCGCCCGCCGGCAGAAGGAGGGGCUUCUGAACGGGACGCCCUUCAACUGGAAGGCCUUCAAGACCGAGGGGCCGACCUGCCCGACGCCGGGCUGUGACGGGUCGGGACACGCCAACGGCAGCUUCCUCACCCACCGCAGCCUCUCCGGUUGCCCCCGGGCCUUGUUUGCCAAGAAGAAGAACAAGUUCCCUGCCGAGGACUUCCUGAACGCCAAGUUCCGGCCGGCUGACGUUCUGGACAACGACGAGGACAUCAAGACGCUCAACAAGGAGAUCAACGACCUCAACGAGUCCAACAACGAGAUGGAGGCGGAUAUGGUCAACCUGCAGACUCAGAUCUCCUCCAUGGAGAAGAACCUGAAGAGCAUCGAGCACGAGAACCAGAUCAUCGAGGAGCAGAACGAGGCCUUGUUCCUGGAGCUGUCGGGUCUGAGCCGGGCCCUGAUCCGGGGCCUGGCCAACAUCCGCCUGCCGCACCUGCAGGAGCCAAUCACGGAGCAGAACUUCGACCGCUACGUUAGCACGCUGACGGACAUGUACGCUAACAAGGAGCGUCUGCAGAGCCCGGAGAACAAGGCCCUGCUGGAGAGCAUCCACCAGGCCGUGCAGGGCAUCAAGGUGUGACGGCAGGGGGGACGAACCCGGGACGCCCCGGGGGGGAACACCCGUCCCGACGGGGACGAACCCGGAGAAACACCCGAAGAAAAAUACAAAAAAGGGAAUUCAGGUCAUUUCAACAAACGGCAACCCAGGGAACUCUGCUGGAGACGAGCUAGCAUCAUCCCCGCCGCCGCCGCCGCCGGGGCUGCUGGGUAACCGGUGGACUCGUCCGAGGGGGUUCCUGGGCCAGCGAGGUCAUGUGACCCACCGCUAGCCCCUCCCCCGUGUUUUUUUACCUGAAGCGACGAUAGCGAUAGCAGACGUUCAGAGUCAGUAGGCAGAUCAAUAGUAUUGAUCGGUGUUAGGAGUUUGCACUUCACUUCAGUGACUAGUUUUUUCUCGCUACGAUAAUUAUUGUUAAAAAUCGUUUAUUUAAAUCUGUGAACUUUAAAUUAUUAUUGCCAUUUUAUGUUAUUAUUAUUAUUAUUGAGUUUAUUUAUUUGAAGUGAUCUAUUUAUUAUUAUUAACUUUGUUUUGUAAAUCAACAACAGAGAAUCCGUUUUUGCAAAUGUC